AUGGCUGCAUGUUUGUUUCCCGCUAUACUGAAUCUUGCCAGUAAUGCCGUUAUUACCACUAAUGCCACAUGUGGUGAAAUGGGACCAGAAAUGUUUUGUAAACUUGUAGAACAUGUGCCAGGGAGGCCAAUACGCAACCCUCAAUGUAGCAUCUGUGAUGAGAACAGUUCCAAUCCCAAAGAACGGCACCCGAUAACCAAUGCAAUCGAUGGCACUAAUGAUUGGUGGCAAAGUCCCAGUAUUCAGAAUGGCAGAAUAUAUCACUGGGUCACCAUAACACUGGAUUUAAGACAAUGCAGAUGGGAUGUGGAGGCAUCAGACAUGCAUUCUGGCCGAGAAGCUGCUCAUCUCAUUGAGGUCUGCGAGUGCCCCCCUGGUUAUAGAGGACUUUCAUGUCAGGAGUGUGCACCUGGAUACUAUAGAGAGAAGCUCUCAGAAAUCAGUAUCUUAGGGUUACGUUUCCAAAACCCUCCCUGUGUCCCCUGUCAGUGCAGCAACCACAGCGAGAUCUGUGAUCCAGAUACUGGCAGAUGCAUGGACUGCCAAGAUAAUACAGCUGGUGACCACUGCCAUCUAUGUGCUCCUGGCUACUAUGGGAAAGUAACUGGGUCAAUUGCAGAUUGCUCAUUGUGUGCUUGUCCCAAGGGCAACAGCCAGAGUUUUAGCCCCACGUGCGUCCUAGAAGGUAUUAAUGAUUUCCGUUGUGAUGCCUGUCUACCUGGAUAUGAAGGGCGAUACUGUGAAAGGUGUUCUCUUGGCUACUACGGAAAUCCAAAUGAGCCUGAUGGCUUCUGCCAGAAAUGUGACUGCAACCCAAGCGGCUCAUUGAAUAAUGAAUGUGAUCGGCUAACCGGCCAGUGCAUUUGCAAAACAGGAGUAACUGGCCGUCUUUGUGAUACUUGUGAAUUAAGACACAUUCUUUUGGAAGAAGAAUGUAUAUCUUGUGAUGAUGAUUGCACUGGAACAUUACUUGAUGAUUUGGAUAGUUUGCACCAGGCCAUCUUCUCUUUUAAUAUGACCGGUAUUGGUAGACCACCUCAUCAAACUCUAUUCAACUUGGAAAAUGUGACAAAGCACUUUAAGGAGUCUGUGCCAAUAAGAGUCAGCCCAAUAAUAUCCCUGGACAAGACAAUGGAGCAGCUCAGUUCUUUGUCUAAAGACACCCUCCAACUUGAGCAGCACAUGGAGCAGGUGAUAGGUGAUGGAGAAGCACUGAACAAUGCCACCAUCAGAACUCUGAAUAAGACUCAAGAGUUAAUCGGCUUUAUUGACAAAAUGCAAACGACUAUUCAAGUAUUGGUGGAAGUGGUCGAAAGCCUAAAUGAGACGAGCAUUGAUACACAGCUCUCUGACAAUUUGCAAUUAAAUUAUGAGGAUGAUGUCUCCUUAAUGCUCAGUUCUAUGAGGUCGAAAUAUUUUAAUGAUCAAAGUCAAGAUGCUACCAAAACCCUCAAAGUAUCAGAAGGCUAUCUACACAGAGUUGAGAAAGAAUAUGAGAAGCCACACCAAGAUUUAACAAAGUUAAAAAAUAGUCUUGAAAAUGCCCUCGCACAACGUAACAACAAACUACUGGCAGCGGAGGAUUUGCUGUAUGUGGCAUCUGCAAACACCAACAACACCAACGAUCUGCUGGUCAUUAUACAAAGAAAUCUGGCUGAUUUGAGGACAAAAAAACACGACCUUCAGGAAAAUAAGAACCGUUCUGUGUUGUUGAUUGAGGAAGGUCUUGGGCUGGUGGAUGAUGCAGUUUUGCUUGCAGAGGACACCAUUAAUGCUACAUCUGUUUUGGAGACCCACCAAGAGGAGCUUCUUCUUUGGAAUUCUAAACUGAGACACCAUGUAGAUCGUCUGGUAAUGCAGAUGGCCAAAAGAGACGCACUUGACAUGGUCUAUAAGGCAGAAGAUUAUGCAGCUGAACUACACAAACUUUCUGCUUCUCUAAAUAGUUCUCUUUUAGAUGUAAGGAAUGCCUCUUUGAAUGCCACCAGUGCGAUCCAUUCUCACACAGAUAUCAAAAAUAUGAUUGAGCAAUCAGAGGUUCUUGCAGAACAGUGUAACCACACAGUUACAGGAGUCCUGGCAAUGGUUUCAGGGGCAAAUGGAUCUUUACAAGUUGCACCAAAAAAUUCUAUGAAGUUCAGCACACAACUUCUGAAUGAGGCCAAAAAUUUAAGUCUUAGCACGGAAGGUCUUGUGUCUGAUUUGAACGAUCUGAAAACAAAAGCAGAUACAAUACAAAAACGCACUCAUGCAUUUACACGUCAAAUAAGUGAACAGCUUCUGGCUCUGAGAAAUUUACCAAAUGAUACCAGUGAGAAACUACAAGAUGCUAAAGAGCUUGCCUUGUCUGCCAAUGUCAGUGCAGCUGGCACUUUAAACCAUAUCACGAACUUCAACCAAAAGGUGUUAACUGCGUCCUCUGCGCUGUCCAAAGUCAAUGACACGCUGCGGAAAACCAACGAGCUUCUAGCGGACUCAUCCAAGACGACGGUAACAGCGGAAAGCAGAAUUAAAGAAGUGGAAACACAGGCCAACAUUUUAUUGGAUAGACUGAAACCCUUGAAAUUGCUUGAGGAAAACCUAAGCAGAAAUCUAUCUGAAAUUAAAGAGCUUAUUAGUCAGGCCCGUAAACAGGCCGCAUCGAUUAAAGUGGCUGUUUCAGCCGACAGAGAUUGUGUACGCUCUUACCACCCAGAGCUCUAUUCUACACAUUUCAGCACUCUAACUCUUAAUGUUAAGACCGGCGAGCCGGACAACCUGCUUUUCUACCUGGGCAGCAGCACGAAAGCUGACUUCAUGGCGGUAGAAAUGCUGAAAGGCAAGGUUUCCUUCCUUUGGGACCUGGGCGCAGGAUCUGUAAGGCUCGAAGAACCUGAUAUCCAGAUAAACAAUAACAAGUGGCAUAAAAUACACGCAACAAGGUUUGGUAAAUCAGGUUCAUUGACUGUGGAAGAAAUUGGCACUUCUCAGAAGCCCACAGCCAAAAUGUCAUCUUCACCUGGUACAUCAUCCAUACUCCACAUCGAUAACUCAACAUUGAUGUUUGUUGGGGGAAUAGGAGGACAAUUACAGAAAUCAACAGCAGUCAAGACCACAGAUUUUAAAGGUUGCAUGGGCGAGGCGUUCCUUAAUGGGCACUCCAUUGGUUUAUGGAACUAUGUUGAGAGAGAGGGCAAAUGUGGUGGAUGCUAUGGAAGCCCACGAGAAGAAGAAACUGCUUUCCAUUUUGACGGCAGUGGAUAUUCUAUUGUAGAGAAGACGCUUCGUUCCACUUCAUCUCAGAUAGUUAUCCAUUUCCGAACAUUCGCUCCAAAUGGCCUUCUUUUGUAUCUUGCUUCCAAUGGAACACGAGAUUAUUUAUCUAUGGAAAUGGUGGACGGUAAACUGAGAGUAUCUGUCGAAUUGGGAUCAGGACCUCUGAUACUGAUGACAGAUGGACGCUAUAAUGAUGGAGCAUGGCAUAAAGUAGCCUUCCAGCGCAACAGGAAGCAAGGUAUACUGGCUGUGAUGGAUUCCUACAACUCAACCCAGAGAGAAACCAAGCAAGGAGAAGCUCCAGGCGUUGCUUCAGACCUUAACCGGUCAGAUAAGGAUCCUAUUUAUAUUGGUGGACUUCCCAGAUCCAGGAGUGUUAGAAAACAGCUUAGCAGCAGGUCAUAUGUGGGCUGUAUAAAGAACUUGGAGAUUUCCCGCUCAAAUUUUGACUUGCUAAGAAAUGCCUAUGGUGUAAGAAAAGGCUGUAAACUGGAGCCAACUCGUAGCAUUACCGUUUUAAAAGAUGGCUACGUGGAAAUGCAGCCAGUAUCAUUGGCAGCAGAAUCAGAGCUAAUGGUAUCGUUCUCCACACUCAAUGAAUCUGGAAUUAUCGUGGCUGGAUUUGGCAAGGGAGCGGAAAAACGCAGUCGCAGGCAAGCUCUCUUGCCAUUCUUUGCUAUAAUGCUGGUGAAUGGACAUAUUGAAUUCCAUAUCAACCCUGUGGAUGGUGCCAGCACAAGAAAGGUCAUCAUCAAAUCUCCUACUGGAACCUUUAGUGAUGGACAAGAACACUCUAUUAUUGUCAUCCGGAACAAGAGACUUGUGAAUGUACAAGUGGAUGAAGGAAAACCUUCCGAGGUGAAGAUGAACGGACCAUCUGUCGAUUCCAUCUCUAUAAAUGCUUCCAAUUUUUAUGUCGGUGGCGUCCCUGGUAAAAUGGGUACAGCCCCCCUCAAAACAAGCCAGUCUUUCUACGGAUGUAUACGCAAUCUGGUUGUAAAUAUGGAGCAGAUGGAUUUCACCAAUGUCCUGAAAUAUGAGGGGGUUCAUAUGGAUAGCUGCAUGCUGUCAGAGAAGCCUAAAUCCAUUGCCCAGCUGGAAGUGGAAGUUCUGCCGACUGCAACGCCUGCUCAGCCUGUCACAGAGAGAAAAUUAACUACCCCCAUACAGAAAUCAUUUGUAACUAAGCCAUUGCAGUGUGCACUGGAGAUGAAGCCGGACCAUGUGCCAGAUGCUCACCAGUUUGGCCUCACUCAGGGAAGCCACAUUGUACUGCCUUUUGACCAAUCAGCUGUCAGAAGAAAACUCUCUGUACAGAUAACUCUCAGGACAUAUGCCACCAGUGGUCUUAUUUACUAUAUGGCUCACCAGAACCAGAUGGAUUAUGCUGCACUUCAACUUCAUGAAGGGAAACUUUAUUUCUUAUUUGAUAUGGGAAAAGGACGGACUCAGGCUUUCCAUACGGCUGUUAUUAAUGAUGGAAAGUGGCACACAGUAAUAACAGAAUAUUAUAAAAGAAAAGGUACGAUUACUAUUGAUGGUCAGGAAUCAGCAUCAGUUAGUGCUCCAGGGGACAGCAAUACUUUGGAUGUGGAAGGGAAGCUUUAUCUUGGUGGGCUUCCACUAGACUAUACAGCGAAGAGCAUUGGGAAUAUCACACACAGUGUCCCAGCAUGCAUUGGCAAAGUUGCCAUUAAUAACAAACAACUGGAUAAGGAGAGCGCUAUCUCCAUACACGCAGUAAAUAAGUGCUACGCAUCUGUCCAAGAGGGAACUUACUUUGAUGGAACUGGAUUUGCUGCCCUUGUUAAAGAGGGGUACAAAGUCCGCUCAGACGUAAACGUGUCUCUCGAGUUCCGCACUACACAGAUGAACGGUGUUCUUCUUGGAAUUAGCAGCGCUAAAGUUGAUGCCAUUGGCCUGGAAAUCAUACAUGGCAAGGUUUUGUUCCAUGUUAAUAAUGGUGCCGGCAGAAUAACAGCAGUGUACAAGCCAGAGAGCCCCAGCUCUUUAUGUGAUGGCAAGUGGCAUAAGCUUCAGGCCAGUAAAAUUAAACAUCGCAUUGUCCUUACGGUGGAUGGAAAUGUUGUGAAUGCAGAGAGCCCACAUGUCCAGUCAACCUCUGCAGACACUAACAAUCCGAUUUAUGUUGGAGGCUAUCCGGCUGAUGUGAAGCAAAACUGCUUGACCAGCCAGACCUCAUUCCACGGAUGCAUACGCAACAUGAAACUGGUGAAGGGCACGCAGACCGAAGCCAGUGAUUUCAGCAAAGCCUUUGAAAUGCGCGGAGUCUUUCCUCAUUCCUGUCCUGGAACAGAACAAUAAACAGGAGACAUAUCUCCUACAUAUACAUUCAUCGAACAAGAUGUUAU